AUGUGUAAUAUUUAUUUUAAAUUCUGGGUAAAUAUGCACUAUUAUGUUGACUAUAAAACUGGCGAUUUUGCACCAUCAAAUUGGCGAUUUCUGGCUACGAAACGCCUGCAGAUGGCGACACACCAUGAUUUUAUACUGGACACCCUGAAUCUGAGAUCACUGCUGCGCUCUCGUUCAAUUCGGCAUCGACGGGGUAAGCGAGCGGCGACGGAACGGAGGGAAAGGCCGAGGAUUGCGGGAAUCCAGCGGGAUCCAGCGGAAUCCGCGCAGGCGGCUCGGAUUAAACGUAAUUGUAGGAAACCGUUCGACAUUAGGUUAAGAUUGGAAGAUUUGAUACAACAGGAAGAAAAAAGUAAUUUUCAAUCAAUAUGUCUUCAAGUAAUGUUGGAUUUUGUUCUGAAUAUUCUGGAAAUAUUGGAGAUGGAGGAACAUUUGAGUGACCUUACUCAAUCAGAAAUGCUAACAAUUCUGAAAUAAAAAAGUGAAAAACACGAUAUAGACAAAAUGACAUUACAAACCAAAAUUAGUUGACAUAAGAAUUCGGAUUUCUAAAACUUUAAACAGUAUCAAUGGAACUCACGUGAAAAGAAUUAAACGGCUGAAACAGCUCUGAAAACUCUGAUUCGUUCGGCAUUGAGAUUAGUGCUCGGCUUGCUCAGAGAUCACGUGAUUCAAGCUCGACAUCUGCUCGCUCGCAUCUCAUUGUCAGAUUUUUUUGCCGAACGCAGCUAUUGGAGCAACGUGAUCUUUACGGAGGAAGCAUCUGUUUGGGGAUAUACAACCAUUCCACGUGCCUGGUCAACUUCCACCGAUAGAUUAGUUCAAUGGACCGUUAAACACCCUGUAAAGGUCUAUCUGUGAGGCUGCUUUUCAAAACAGGGAUUCGGAACAUUAUACCUGUUUAUAGACAACUUAGAUGCUCCGAAGAUGCUCAAAAUUUAUAAAAAAUAUUUGUUACCGUUAUUUGUUACUGCUGAACAAUGCUUCAAAAGAAGAAACGAGGACUGGGUCUUACAGGAGGACAACGACCCAAAACACCGGAGCAGGCUUUGUACCGAGUGGAAAGAGCAGUCUGGCACCGUCACUCUUGAUUGGCCGUCGCAGUCGCCAGAUACAAAUCUGAUUGAAAAUGUGUGGGCAUAUCUCAAGCACAAGCUUCGAGGAAAAAAAGUGUGCACUCUAAAGCAGCUGACACGACAAAUUCGUUGCAUUUGGAGAUCUUUACCGAACGAAUACGCCGUCAACUUAGUGGAAAGUAUACCUCGGAGAUGCCAGGCAAUUAUCGACGCCAGUGGCGACUGGACACAUUAUUAAUGAUUAACUGUGCACGCUCUUAACAGACUGUAUGUUUCCAAAAAACAUGGAGAAGAAACAUCGAUGACUUGCAAUAAGU